CCGGGGCAUUAUUUGUACUUUGUAGAUUUUCAUAGAGCAACAGAGGCCUCCAUAGAUUUCAAUGAGGAACAGAUUUGCUUACAGUCUAUGGUUUCAUUCUUUGAUUUAAUUCAACAUGGCGGUUAGUCACAUUUUCGUGUUCCGAAAUUUAUUUUAAUUUUAUGGUUUUCAUCUGAAUUUGUUAGUAAAUACUAUCUGUUACUUUCAGAGAACAAUGUUAUCGUUCUGGCGGCAGUAAUAGUUUGGUGCCUAAAGAGAAUUGAGAGUGAGGACGACUUCGGCGUCCUCACGCCUCUGGUAUCUUCGCCGUAAGCGACAUCGUGUGAAAUAUUGAUUUUAUUCUUUAGUUACUUUCGAAAAUGAUGAUGUACACGGGGACUAGUACGGAGCAGGACACCCGCUUCAGUGACAAGGAGAAGAAACUGAUGAAGCAAAUGAAGUUUGGGGAUUGUUUAACUCAGCAGGUGGACAUGUCCAAGGUAAAGCUGGAUGUGCUGAAGCCAUGGAUCACACAGAAGAUCACAGAAAUCCUGAAGAUGGAAGAUGAUGUAGUAAUUGACUAUGUCAACAACCAGCUCGAGGAGAAGUUCCCUUGUCCCAAGAAAAUGCAGAUCAACCUUACUGGGUUCUUGAAUGGAAAGAACGCGCGGCUCUUCAUGGGUGAGCUGUGGGAACUGUUGCUGAGUGCGCAAGCCAGCGAAAAUGGUAUUCCGGAGUCUUUCACGCAACAGAAGAAGGAAGAAAUUAAGAAAAGAAUGGAAGAACAGCAGAAGGAUAAAGAUAAAGACAAGGACCGGCGCAGGUCGCGAACACGGUCGCGGUCUCGUCGCAGAUCCCGGGAGCGGCGGCGCUCGCGGUCCAGAUCACGAGACCGUUCGUCUGAUAGAAAACAUCGCAAUGGUGGCAGCCCACGACGGUCAAGGCGCCGCAGCCGCGACAGGAGUAGCCAGUCCAAAUCUUCACAUGUUGAAGACUCCAAAGCAGCUGAACCGAAAGAAAAUGGAAAAUCUCCAGAGAAGAAAGAAGAGUCUGAGGUAAAGGAGGAGACCAACCAUAACACUUCAAUUGACUCUGUUAAAGAGGAGGUCAAGGAAACAACUGUUGCUAAAGAAGAUAAAACUGAAGAUGAAGGAAAUAAGUCUAGAUCUGUUUCACCUGCCAAGUCUACUGGGGAGAAACCGUCAGAAGAAAAACCUGCUGACAAGUCUGCUAGGCGAUCAUCUAGCGAAAGACGAUCCACAUCUGUAUCAUCACGAGGAAGUGCCAAGAAGAGGUCGUCACAUAAGAAACGUCAGUAUCGGUCAAACCGCGAUUCAUCAACCAGCGUCAGCCCUAGACGCAGUUCCCGCAGAGAAAGGAGUAAGUCUCGCCGUCGCAGCAGUCGCCGCAGGUCCUUGGAGCGCCGUGACAGGGAACGCGAGCGGGAGCGGGAAAGGGAACGCGAGAGGGAACGCCGUCGCCGCGAGAGGGAGCGCCGGGAGAGGUCUCGUGAUCGUCGCCGAUCCCGAUCCCGAAGGCGAUCUGCAUCUCGUUCAAGGCGUCGUUCUGGCCGUCGCUCGCGUGAUCGACGCUCAAGGGACAGGAGAUCUAGAGACAGGCGUUCAAGAGAUAGGUCCAGGGACAGGAGAUCGAAGGACCGCACCAAGGAUAGGAGGUCGAGGGACAGGAAAUCGCGCGAUCGUAGAUCCAGCGACCUAAUCAAAGAAAGAUUAGAAAAAUCCGUUUCUAUCCCUCGAAAAGAAAACCUGGAGAAGCUGCAUAAAAAGUCUUCUGAGCGAAAGUCAUUGCCACGGGAGCAGUCUAAAGAGCGAGCUGCAUCUAGUACGAGUAGGGAGUCUUCUGUCGCAAACGACAAACCUAUUCCGCAAAAUGAUGACCAAGUCAAACCAGCACAGUCAUCUGAUGACGAAGAAAGAGAAGAUAUUAUUGCUAUUCCGCCGUUGCGUGAAUUUUCUAAGAGCUUGUCUCGUACACCCUCUCCAUUUUUAAGAAAACACGAAAUUGAACACAAGAAAUCUGACAGAUCUGGAGAUGAAGCAUCUGCAAAAGAACAAAAUGAAGAGGAAUCCAAGCCAAGAGAAGUUAAGAAAGCAAAACGUAAGACGCAACAGUCUGAAUCUGAAAGUGAGAGCAGUGAAGAAGUUUCAAAAGCGAAGGCUAAAUCAAAAGUUAAGCGCAAAGAUAAAACUGCUUCAAAGAAAACCAAGAAACCUAAGAAAGAGAGUUCGUCAAGUGAAAGUGAUUCCGAAGAUAGUUCUUCUAGCGAUUCUGAAGACGAUAGGAAGAAAAAGAGCAAAAAGAGUGCUAAAAAGAAAUUAGCAAAGAAAUCGCGCAAGAAAAGAGCACGUUCAUCCAGCUCAGAAUCGAGUUCGGAAGAAGAAGUGAAACACAAGAGCUCGAAAACUAAGCAAAAGAACAUUCCAGAAGAAUCUGAUGUUGACAAGAAGUCGAAAAAGCGUAACAAAGACAAUACGAUUGAACAUUCAAGGUCAGAAAAAGCAGAAGGCAAGCAAAGCAAGUCGAAGAAAAUAGAGAACACUGAUGACUCUCGCGAUGACAGUUCUGACAGUGACGAAAAGUCAAGCAAGAAGAAGCCUGUUAAGAGAGACACGAGUUCCGAAAAAGAAACGAGACGGUCAAAGAAAUUAGAUACAUCUAAAGAACGUGUAGCUUCACCAGAUGGUGUUAAAGGUAAAAAGACCGAGGAAAAAGUUACUAAAUCCAAGCAUUCAGAGGAAGUAAAAUCUAAGUCACGCGAAGAUACUGAAAAGAAAGCCAAAAAACGUGAGAAAGAGGAAUCAUCGUCAGAUAGCGAUCAGGUGUCUAAGAAGAAGGCUAGGAAGAAGGUGUCAGAAUCGGAGUCCGAGUCUGAUAGUGAUGAGCCCAAAAAGUCAAAGAAGGCCAAGAAACACAAGAAACACUCUAAGAAGCAUAAGAAACACAAAAAACAUAAGAAGGCUUCAAAAAAGAAGGAUGACUCCUCUGACAGUGAUGAAGCUGAAGAAGAAGAGGAGGAGGGUAAGGUUAAUAACGAAGAUUUAGAAAAGAAACUUCGCGAAAGAGCAUUGAAAUCAAUGAAAAAACAAACUAGUGUUUCAGGGUCAGACUAGCCCUUAUUUUUUUAUCCACCGCGCUUACAAAACUGACUUUAAACAAGUUUCAGUGGCUUAGAAUAAAUGUCUUUAUUUUACAGUACGUUACAAUUUUAAAAAUGAAAUACCUAGCAUGUAUGGUUUUAAAAUAACGUGUAUGUCACAUUGUUAGGAAUAAAGAUUUCAAUUGUGUAAACUUGUUUUAUUUACCGAUUCUUUUCAUUGCGCCCACCAUCAUCAAUAAAAACAGUUCAUUACAGU